AUGCUCAGUAAACUUUACGGACACGAAAAGAAAACAAUUGACCGCUUAAAGGAUUAUCCUUAUUAUUUUUCAGCUCAAAAACGUUUAAAUUGGUUACUAAAUCAGCCUGAAAGGAACGACGUACAAAAAGAUGUUUUAAUUUCUGAGCCAAUAAAGGCUAUAAACCUGAAAAAACGGGGGAAAGUUAAUUACCUAACGGGAGAGAAUGGAUUUGGUAAAAGUACGAUAAUUAGUUUAGUUAUGGAAAAGAUUGCUUAUGCUGAGCAUGAAAAUUUAGUUGAAAAUGGUCUGUCUACCGGACAAAAACAAUUAACUGAUUUAAAUAACCUUUUUACUAACAGCGAAGGCAAAGAAAUAUUUAUUUUUGAUGAGGCAGAUAACGCCUUGGACGAAAAUAAUAAAAAAGAAUUUCGAGAAAAAAUCGAAGGAAUUAGCAAAAAAAAAUUGGUUAUUUUGAUAAGAUAUCUCAAUUUGCUAAAAAUGAUAAUUGAAAAUGGCGAAACACGGCUAGACCGAACUGGGGUAGGAACCAAGGCAUUAUUUGGUUGUCAAACGCGUUUUGACCUAAGGGAUACUAAUAUUAGAUACUUAGUAGAUAAUGGAGUUAAUAUUUGGAAUGAAUGGCCUUACGAAAAGUUUAAAUUGUCUGAGAAUUAUCAAGGGGAAACAGUGAAAGAAUUUGUUGAAAAAAUUCGAGUCGAUAAGGAAUUCGCUAAAAAACACGGUAAUUUAGGACCCGUUUAUGGUGUUCCUUUUAAUAUUGCUAGUUAUAGUUUAUUAGUCACAAUGAUAGCCCAACAAGUUAAAGAGCAGUUAAAAAGAGAACCUAAAAAAUUGCCCAUUUUGAAACUUAAUCCAGAAAUAAAAUCACUUUUUGAUUUUGCUUUUGAAGAUAUUAGUUUAGAGAAUUAUGAACCCCAUCCGCCGAUUAAAGGAAAGGGAUAUAUUCGUCGAGAGAUGGAUUUGGGACUAAAAAGAGUGAAAAUGGCUUGCCGACUGCUAGGUCAUCCAGAAAAAAAGCAAAGAACUGUUCAUAUCACCGGAACCAAUGGCAAAGGCUCAACCACCGCCUUUUUAGCUUCAGUUUUAAAAAAUAGUGGAUUACGAGUAGAUCCAGUUGACCUAGUGAUUUAUGAAGUAGGUUUAGGCGGUGAACAUGAUGCUACUAAUGUAAUUUUGCCUUUAGUUUCGAUUAUUACUAAUAUUGACUAUGACCAUUUUCGCUAUUUAGGAAACAAGUUAGAAGAGGAACAUUUAUCAGUUACCUACCUCCAAAAUUAUUUUGCUAGUCAAGAAGAACAAUACAAAGAGAAGUUGUUGAAUGAAAUGCAAGAAAUUAUUGAGAAUUCUCCUCUUGUUGUUCAAUUAAAAGAAGAAAACAAUGCUCUAAAGUCCUUUAUUGAAGGCUAUAAGUUAGGUAAAGAAUUUGUAAAACCAGUCCAAAAAGGUCAAGAAUUUGAAGACUACGUUCAUGAAAAACUUCAAGAAAUUUUUAGUGGUAGUGAUAUUAUUGAAAACGUUACUCAUGCUCGUACCUCGGCCGGAACUCGAGCUGACAUUUUACAAAUUGUUCGAGACGGAAGCGACCAAGAAAAAGUUAUUGGUAGGAUAGUUUAUGAAGUUAAGAACACCGAAAAAUGA